CUUCCCCUGGGAAAUCUCUCUCUCCUUUCCCUCUCUAUAAACACGCAAAUCUAUCCUCCCUCCCUCUCGUUCUCCUGCAAUGGCUUACAAUGGCGUGAACGACAAGUCACUGAUCGUGAGCUUCGGUGAGAUGCUAAUAGAUUUCGUCCCGACCACCUCCGGCGUCUCCCUCGCUGAAGCCCCGGGGUUUCUGAAAGCACCGGGUGGUGCUCCGGCGAACGUGGCGAUCGCGGUAUCGAGACUAGGAGGAAAGUCGGCGUUUGUCGGAAAGCUUGGUGACGAUGAGUUCGGUCACAUGCUCGCCGGGAUUUUGAAAGAAAACGACGUGAUCGCUUCCGGUAUUAAUUUUGACACAGGUGCAAGGACUGCUCUCGCGUUUGUUACCCUACGCGCUGAUGGAGAGCGUGAGUUUAUGUUUUAUAGGAAUCCAAGUGCUGAUAUGUUGCUAAGGCCCGAAGAGUUAAAUCUUGAGUUAAUAAGAUCUGCUAAGGUGUUCCACUAUGGAUCAAUAAGCUUGAUUGUGGAGCCAUGCAGAUCAGCACAUCUAGAGGCAAUGAAAGUGGCGAAGGAAGCAGGUGCAUUGCUUUCCUAUGACCCAAAUCUGAGGCUGCCAUUGUGGCCAUCAGCGGAGGAGGCGCGUGAGCAGAUAUUGAAGAUCUGGGACGAGGCAGAUGUGAUCAAAGUCAGUGAUGUCGAGCUUGAGUUCCUCACUGGAAGUAAUAAAAUUGAUGACGAAACUGCUUUGACACUUUGGCGUCCUAGCUUUAAGUUGCUCUUGGUCACCCUUGGUGAAAACGGUUGCAAAUAUUACACCAAGGAUUUCCAUGGAACUGUUGAGGCUUUCCAUGUCGAGACUAUUGAUACCACAGGUGCUGGUGACUCAUUCAUCGGAGCACUCCUUUGCAAGAUUGUUGAUGACCAAUCUGUACUGGAGGAUGAACAGAAGUUGAGAGAGGUACUAAGAUUUGCAAAUGCAUGUGGAGCCAUCACAACCACCAAAAAGGGCGCAAUCCCUGCCCUCCCUACCCCGUCCGAGGUCCACAAAUUGCUGAACGCAUCAAAGUAGACCUUUUUUUUUUUUUUUUUUAAUUUGCUCUGCAGUCCUUCGAUCUUCCCUCUUUGCUUUUUUUAGGUCUUGGUUCUCCGGUUUAGGUUGCUUGCUAUUCAAUUGAAGAGCGGCUUCAAUCUCAAAAUCUCACCUUUUUUCCCUCUUCAAUGUAUUUUGAUGAAAAAGACUUGCUGCGAGGUCUUGCCAAAUAAAAUUAUUCAGCGGUUUUUGCUUUC